AUGGACUGGCCACACAGCCUGCUGCUCCUUCUUGCCAUCUCUAUCUUCUUGGGGCCAAGCCAGCCCCGAAACACCAAAGGCAAAAGGAAGGGGCAAGGGCGGCCUGGCCCCUUGGCCCCUGGGCCUCACCAGGUGCCACUGGACCUGGUCUCUCGCGUGAAGCCCUACGCUCGAAUGGAAGAGUAUGAGAGGAACCUUGGAGAGAUGGUGGCUCAGCUGAGGAACAGCUCUGAGACAGCCAAGAGGAAAUGCGAGGUCAACCUGCAGCUGUGGCUGUCUAACAAGAGAAGCCUGUCUCCUUGGGGAUACAGCAUCAACCAUGACCCCAGCCGCAUUCCAGCGGACUUGCCCGAGGCACGUUGCCUAUGUCUGGGCUGCGUGAACCCCUUUACCAUGCAGGAGGACCGCAGCAUGGUGAGUGUGCCAGUGUUCAGCCAGGUGCCAGUGCGCCGUCGCCUUUGUCCGCCACCUUCGCGCCCUGGGCCCUGCCGUCACCGCGUCGUCAUGGAGACCAUCGCGGUGGGUUGCACCUGCAUCUUCUGA